CAGGGGCUGAUGUGUGAGAGUAGCCACCCCUGAAUAUGUCUGCAAGGACGCUUCGCCAAGCUACCGCUGUAUAUAGUGAUUUAUUUGUACACUGUUAUCCAAUUUUCAAGCCGGCACGCUUACAGCUUGCUGCUUGUAACUAUGGUAGUCAAGGUGAUUCUGUAAAAUCUUCCAGUCAACCUCCAGCAGAGCAAAAGUCUGCAAGUCCAGAAAAGCCUGCAAGUCCAGAAAAGCCUGCAAGUCCAGAAAAGCCUGUAGCACCAGCUGCAGGUUCAGUCAAGUACAUGGCAGAGCAAUUGUUUCAUUAUACACCAACAUCCUUCUUUGACUUAGACGUGGAAAUGGCAGACAUGCGCUUACCUCAGCCAUCAAGUAUCAAGGCCAAACCUUGUUAAUUAACAAGUUGGAAGACCCUAGCUGCCAAUAUCAAAGGACUAAUGGCAUGAUUUGUGAUGUGAAAGGUGCAUAUAUAAAUUUUUGCACUAAUAAAUUUUUUGUUCUAGAGGUGUGAAA